AUGCAAACCCAGACGAUGAUAAUUAUCGGCGCAACAACACUCGUAACGCUGGGUGGUGGUGAACGCGAUCUACUUCGACUACAAACGGCGCAACGACCCGACCUUCCGCAAAGCCCUCCGCCGGUCAGCGAAGAAGCACCUAAACGACGUAUGUUGAUCCACGCCGUGGCCGAAGCUCAGGCGGCGGGUUUCCCGACGGACGUGGAGGACAAGGAGGCUUAUUUCAUGCGUGAGGUUGCGGAGGGGGAGGGAUUGUGUCAGGAAGAGGAUAGGGCGUUGGAUGCCGCUCUUUGCUUUUACAAAGCUUUGAAGGUGUACCCUCAACCGAAGGAUUUGAUAUCGAUUUAUGAUAAGACUGUGCCGAAAAACGUACUCGACAUCCUGGCCGAAAUGAUCGCUACAGAUGGGAGUAUUCCUGUCGGGGGGAUGUCCCCCCCUGGUAGCACUACUGGUGUUGAAUAGUUACUAUAUCGCACCAUCCUCUCCAAUCACCCACCCUCCCCUUUCCCUCCCUCUGUUACACUCCUAUACACAUCAUAUAUACAGCAGCCGGUGGUCAGCUGGACGUGCAGACGGACAAGCAAGGCUGGAAUUGGCGGUGGCGGAAACGCGAGGGAAAAGCGAAAAUCUACACCACAAAAAGUAAACUGUAUUCUCUGGGUUACAUUUUGCGUUCAUUCAUUCUCAUUUUUUUCAUUUUUUUCCGUUCACGUUUCGGUUUUCUGUCCCAAUAAGGGAGGUUGGUUUAUGCUUUCCCCUUCUCUGCUCUUUUAUCACUUCUUGUUCGGAUUUUUUUUUUUUCCUCCCCCCCUGCUUCGGGGGUGGUGUGGGAUGGUUGGGAGCAGGUGAUUGUAAAUAAUGCAGCUACUCGCGAAAAUUAGAAAGCCUGUGAAGAUCAA